AUGACAACAGCCGAUAACAUUGAAAAAAAUUCAAAUGAAAAAUUAUAUGAUAUAAUUAAUCGAAAACUAGAAAUCUUAUCAACAAUAAAAUUCGCUGCUUAUCGUGUUGCUUGUAAACUUCGUGUAUUACAAAAAUAUUUAAAAUUAAAUCAUAUUGAUUAUAAUGCUCUUGUACGAACAUUUAAUACACAUCAAAUACAAUUUGGUGUUGAAAUAAGAAUAAUAUCAUUUAAUAAUGCACGAAAAGUUUUAACAGCUAUUUAUCAAUUAAUUUCAUCGUACCAUUUUAAUCAAUACAGUAUUGAUGAAACUGUUGAAACAUUAUUGAUAUUUUUAUGUGAAAUUUUCAAUGUAACAUCAGAUGAAGAUUUCGAUUUGAAUGCAUUUAAAAUAAUUCUUUUUGCAUUAUCAAAUGCAAAAUUACCAGAAAAAUAUCGAUGUUUUUUUCGACAAAUAACAUCACCAAAUGUAAUUGCAUCACAAAUUAAAUUAACGGAGCUUUUUCAAAUACUUCUCAAAUUACCUAAUUAUUUUGAUGAUGUCGAUUCAUUUUAUAUGGAUAAUAUACCUGCUUGUGUUCAAAGUUGUCUUGAUCAUACACAUGAUGGUAUUAUUCGUGAAGAUAUAUUUGUUAGUUGGAUGGGUCGUGAACCACAGACAUUAGUAUGGUUACCAACAUUACAUCGUUUAAUGGCAACUGAAUCAAUUCGUCAUGAAGCACAAUGUAAUACUUGUAAAGCAUAUCCAGUUGUUGGCAUGCGUUAUCGAUGUCUUCGAUGUUUUAAUUAUGAUCUGUGUCAAACAUGUUUUUUUACAGGUGAUCAUGCAAGUAAACAUGAUGGAUCUCAUCCAAUUGAAGAAUAUUGUAAACAAGUCACACCAUUUGAAGAUUUGAAAGCAUUUUUUGAAUUUAUUAAACUUAAAGUUGGUAAAAAUGAACUUAAACGUAAAGAACGUUAUCUUACUAUUGAUCGAUCAAAAUCAUUUACUGAUGCACCAAUUCAUCAAUCUGAUCAAUUAUUAUCCACUAAACAUCAUUCAUUAAAUCGUCAAGAUCAAAAAACUAAAAAAACUCAAUCACAAGAUGUGUUUCGUCCUAUACCAAAAACUGAAACAAAUGAAUCAUUAUCAGAUAAUGAAGAACAAACUCCAUUAGCUGGUUAUGAUAAUGUUCCAAUCGAUGAAAAAAAGAAAUUUAAAAAAACUGAAAUUUCAUCAAAUAAUACACAAAAGAAAAAUAAUUAUGUAAAUGUCGACGAAAACACAAUUUCAUCACCUAAGAAAAUACAAAUACCAGAUGAUGAUGUACCAAUACUUAUGCCUAAACAACAUAAACCAAUGAAUAAAGCUUCAUUAACAAAAAAAUAUACAGAUGAUCAUUAUCAAUUACCAUCUAAGGAAGAAGAUGAUGAUGAAUAUCGACCACCAUUACCACCAAAAUUACGUCAUCAAAACAAUACGUCUCAUGCGCUUGUUUAUGAUUUUAUUGGUAGUGAAUUACAAGAAUUACGUGCAACUCUUGCUCAAUUCGAUGGUAAUUCAUCAGGUAUGUUAAAUAUCAGUAGAGCGCCGUUGGUCGAAUGA